AUGCAACACUCACCACUUUUUCCUAUCAAUUCCAAACGUCCUCAGAUCCCCAGAACAUCACGACUCCUGGUGCAGCACACCUCUGAUGGGCCAUCCCCCGCAGAGGUCAGAGGAGCCUUGGGGAACCACACCACUGUCACCGAGUUUGUCCUGCUGGGGCUCUCAGAUGCCUGUGAGCUGCAGAUGCUCAUCUUCCUGGGGCUCCUCCUGACCUACCUCCUCACUCUACUGGGGAACCUCCUCAUGGUCCUCACCCUCAUGGACAGGCGCCUCCACACCCCCAUGUACUACUUCCUCUGCAACUCUGCCAUCCUGGAGAUCUGGUUCACCUCGGUCAUCUUCCCCAAGAUGCUGUCCAACAUCCUGACAAGAUACAGGACCAUCUCCCUGGCAGGUUGCUUUCUUCAGUUUUUCCUCUAUUUCUUCCUGGGAACCACAGAAUUCUACCUACUGGCAGUGAUGUCCUUUGACAGGUAUGUGGCCAUAUGUAAACCCUUGCGUUAUGUCACCAUCAUGAGCAAAAGGGUCUGUGUCCAGCUAGUUCUUUGUUCAUGGAUGACAGGAUUCCUUAUCAUCAUCGUUCCAAGUUUCAUAUUUCAGCAGCCAUUCUGUGGCCCCAAUAUCAUUAAUCAUUUCUUCUGUGACAACUUUCCACUCCUGGAACUCAUAUGUGCGGAUACAAGUCUGAUUGAGCUUCUGGGUUUUAUUUUGGCCAACUUCAGCUUACUGGGCACUCUGUCCGUGAAGGCCACUUGCUACGGCCACAUCCUCCACACCAUCCUGCACAACCCCUCAGCCAAGGAGAGGCAGAAAGCCUUCUCAACCUGCUCCUCCCACAUCACUGUUGUCUCUCUCUUCUAUGGCAGCUGCAUCUUCAUGUAUGUCCAGUCAGGCAAGGGUAGCCAGGGCGAGGACAGGAACAAGGUGGUGGCCUUGCUCAAUACCAUGGUGACCCCGAUGCUCAACCCCUUCAUCUACACCCUGAGGAACAAACAGGUGAAGCAGGUGUUUAGGGAGCAGGUGAACAAGCUCUUCUUACAAAGAUGUACUGGACCUGAGAGGAGGGGAGGAAGUUACCUCCUUGCCUGA